AGUUUUAUAGUCCUAGACCGGAAGCGGAAGUGGUGCGCUCGGAUGCAUUUCUAGCAAUAUUCGGAGUACCCUCGUCCCUAGGCAAUGACGUGGCACAUGUGACGCGCCCACAGUAUAACAGUCUCUUUACAAAGACGCAGCCGCCAUCUUGGCUCGAAGUUUACAGAUUGAACUCUCGAAGAAUCGUUGGCAAUCCUGACCCUUCAUCAAAAUGGGUGGCAUGUUUGCGAAAUUAUUUGCUGGUCUUUUUGGCAAGAAAGAGAUGAGAAUACUCAUGGUUGGUCUUGAUGCUGCCGGUAAAACUACUAUUCUCUACAAGCUUAAACUCGGAGAAAUUGUCACUACAAUUCCUACGAUAGGUUUUAAUGUAGAGACCGUAGAAUAUAAGAAUAUCAGCUUCACUGUAUGGGAUGUAGGAGGCCAGGACAAAAUUCGUCCUUUAUGGAGACAUUACUUCCAAAACACUCAAGGACUAAUUUUUGUAGUAGACAGCAACGAUCGUGAGCGUGUUGGUGAAGCGAGAGAAGAGUUAAAUCGAAUGCUGAACGAAGACGAACUUCGCGAUGCAGUUUUACUUGUUUUUGCCAACAAACAGGAUCUUCCAAAUGCCAUGAAUGCAGCUGAGAUCACUGACAAACUUGGCCUACACAGUCUGCGUAAUAGGCAGUGGUAUAUCCAAGCAACAUGCGCAACAAGUGGUGACGGAUUGUACGAGGGACUUGAUUGGCUUUCAAAUACACUAAAGAGUAAACAGUAAAUGGUCAGGGAAGACAACCCAAAACAGAGAUCAACUUACCUCACUUAAUAUGCGAAGCUUGGACGAAAUCAUGACUGGUGUGCUGUUAGCACAAUUGGGGGGAAGGAUGUUGUGAGGGCGAAGGUUUCACACUCGUGUGAAUACAUUUCAUUUUAUCAUAUGAUACUUACUAGGAUACAAGCUGUCAUAGUCUCCACCUGGCGUGUCUCUUCAUAGAAUGCCACUCGUACUGCUGGGUUGGGAAUAUUGUGCUUUAUGUGUUCCACAGAUCAUUGUGUUAACUAGCAGCUGUGUUUCUAGUCCUCUUAUGUAAUUUCAUAAUACCAUAUAAUUUCCAUGAUUUUCAUUGUAAGCUCCAGGAAGGUCAUCAAACCAGAUAGGCAAGAGUUAUAUUUUGUAAAAAUCUUAAUGUACAGUUUCAUUGAUAAACAUUCUUCAAGCCAUCUGCAGAGAGGCCUUCAGUCUUCAAUGGUUCUAGUAUAAUGCAAUAGUAAUUACACAAUGUUUGUAUUUACACGUUCACAUUUCAAGUAAAAAUGUAGGUAUCUAUUUGUUAUAUGGAUUUGUCGAUGUGUAAAUUUUACCAGAAUGGUAGUUUAAAUAAAUAAAAAAAAAGUUUAUUAUAA